GCGGUGACGUGUCAAGCGAUGACGACGAGACCGCGUGAAACGGGCAUGGCGAAGCGCGGCGGGGAGGCAGGCGUGGGCCGGCGCGAGGUGCGCGGACGACGAGGCUCCCGGGAGCAGCGCGCAGCCCACGAGGCGGUGACAUCGGUGCUAAGCGAGCAGGCUCGGCUGGGGGAGCAAGCGCGGCCGCGCAAGUUUGCAAGUUAUGUGUGUCGGGUUUGCAAUCGGCAAGGGCACAGGGCGGCGGGUGUGUCACGUAUAGUGAGACAAUAUCAGGUAGACGUGGAAACCACUAGCAGGGACGAGGAGGACGGUGACGAGUUCCAAAUAUUGUAACGAGUUCGCGGAGGGCGGCGCAGUAAUCAUACACGUGCAGCCGGGCGCGCAGCCGGUGUUCAUGCGCGCACGCCCGCUGGCAUACGCGCUGCGCGAGCCGGUGGAGCGCGCGCUGGACCAGUACGUGCGUUACGAAGAAUCUGUGUAUGCAGGUCUCUUGUCAACUAGGAGCGGAAUAAAAUACGGACAAGUGAACAGACACAAUAAACAAAGCUAAACUAAAAUAAGGCAAUUAUGGAAGUUAAUGCUAGGCCUUAAAAGUAACGAAGGGAUAAAAGGACUUUAAUGUCGUGAUUGGCGUUUGGGUCCUCUAUUGAGUAACGCCAACAUUUGGUCAGUAGCUGGUGUGGCUACAAAGUAUAAUCAUACCAAGUUCAUCGUAGUCGGACCGGUAUUUUUGUGUGAUGCGUGAACAGAGAGUGAUACAGACGUCUGUCUGUAUCACUGUCUGUUCACGUCUGAGUCUGUGUUUGUCUAGACAAAAUCAUAUUUUUGGGUUUGGUGUCUAUCUAGUAACACCUAUUUCCUUUUUUUAAUAUUUUCAAUGUACAGUAUUUUACACUUCAACAGUUUUAAUAUAUGCAGUGAAAUGUAUUUCGUUUUCUUCCCGAAAUAAAGUGGUUCUUGGUAAUACAACAGUUUAAAAAAGAAAUAAAAUGUUUAAAACAAAAAAUAACUGGUGAGUCAUUGCAAAAAGUUAACUUUCGAACUCAUAGUAAGUACAUUAUCACGCCAUGUAAUUCUCGAAGAGAUAUUUCUCGUCGGGCGGCACGUGUGAUGUGCCUACAAAUUUAAGUCUAGUGUUCCAUGUGCGUAUUUCCAUUAUUCUUUUUAAACUAAAAAGAAAAAUAUAUUUUUUUUGUUCUACUUUAUACAUCGAUAGUUCUCCUUAUGACAAGUUGUUUUGCCGCGAGACGAAAACAAAAUACAUUUCGCGGUGUAUGUGUAGAUAUUGUACCAAUAUCAUUAUUGUGUUAUGUUUAGUGUUAUUUAAGUAUAGGUCCACCGCAUUCAUGAAUACAUAAGUGACAGAUAGUUCAUGUACUUAAAUUACGUCCUAUACCUAUUGGAGAGUACAUGUUGGCCAACCAGACAUUAGGAAACGGGACAAAAAUAUAACUUGUAAGUCAUAACAAAGAAAAUCUAAUUGUAAAAUAAAACAUAAUUUAUUUGC